CGCAGCCAUGGUGUGCUGUCAGACUCCCAGAAGUUUACGCAGGGGCGACUGGAGCUUCGCUGCUCUGCUGGCUGCUGCGCUGCUCACUCUUCUGUUCGCAGGGAUGCAACAAGCCACAGCGUUUCCCUCCUGGAGGUUAGAGGUAUGCUGCGACCACUUUGUGACAUGUAAGAGCUGCCACUGCAAUCCUGCAAGUCCAAUAUAUUGUCUGCUUUGUUAUUGUUAAGUUCUAUAAGUAAUGCUGUGUCCAUGAUCUUUUCAAAAACAUAACACCAAACUGCAUUCAAAAUUCUGUGAGUUAAUAUUUACCCUGUGUUUCUGUGCAGCCACAGUCUAGACAUGCUAGGGCUUGCAAUUAUUUUUAAUUAUCAGAAGCCACUUUUCAAUUCGGCUAUACAUUAUUGUAUCCCACGGGGCAGCACUUAUUUCAAACAGUAACGAACUCUUGUAAGUAAAUGGUUCACCUCCUAUGUACUGCCUUCCAGGUUAAAAUCAUAUAAACUGAUACUUGGUGGACUCCUUUUACCCUGAAUUCAUCAAAAGAACAUAAAGAUUAAUGAUCUGUCUUAUCAAGCUGGGUACAUCUGACAGUCCCUUAAAUAAAUAAUUUAAUUCUAACAUUUUUUGAAUGAAGUAUGGUCUCUAAAGUAUGAUUUUUCAGAGUUCCAACUUUAAAAGAGAAGGGUGCCUCUGUCCAUGCAAUUUUCAAUAAUUUGACCGGUUUCUUCAUUAGUUCCUUAUUUGAAAUCAUUGAGUUAUAGCUUACCCAUGCGCCUUAUAUUCAAUUAAUGUUCGGUUAAACUGGAGUUAGGGGAUAAUUAGAUUAGGCUGCUAUGGAAUGGGUCCCUGUACAGUAAUAUAUUCAGUGAAUUGGAUAAAUGUGUUCCUCCACAUGACUUCUAUCACUGCCACCCACCCACUGUGAUACGAGCCUGAUGGAUAGCCUCAUGUCAUUUCCUUUUGCCACACACUCUCAUUAUGUGUCAAUCAAGAUGACUGCUGUUGAGGAUUGCAUAACUGCCUUAGAUAGGCUUCUUGUAGGCUACCAGGAUAAAUUACAGUAAAAUAGUAAAAUACACAUAAGAGCAUAAAUGUAUUAGUCAGUGAGUAAAGGUAGACCUGAGUGCAGAAGAGGAUUGCGUGUGUUUUCUUUUAUGUAUACUGGAAAUAAUGCACUAUUUGAUGAUUCAAUAUUGAGAGAUAUUCAGAAUAUGCAAAUUCACAUUAACACUAUUUUCUAUGAAUGGUGCCGAUGUAUAGCCUACUGUAUAUUCAGAAUGUUUUACCUAAUUCUCAGAUCCAGUUUGUCAAAUAAAGCUGCAUGCUGAGUAAAAGCUUAGUUUGACAGUGUAUGUAUUGAAUUAUAUACAGAAAAUAGCCAUUGUCGAAUUGGGCCUCCAAUCUUCCCGAAACUAAGGAUGAAAAUCAUAAUCCCUGUCUUCUUGUCUUGUCUCUGCGACUGAGGUUAAACUCUUCCAGACUCACUCCAGGAUCUUCUGGGAUUUGUCCUCAGAUGUUUUGCCCUCCGAGUCAGCGCUCACCACUGGCUUCAAGAGCAAGAGAUGUCAUCAAGUUCAUUCAAGACAGCAGUAUGGGACAGUCUGCCAGACUGCCUGCCCCUGUUUCACUAUUUUGAACCUUACACCAAUGUGCUGCUCAUUGGGAUCCGCAAAGAGGCCCGGUCACAAGUUCUACAUCUCUCCAGGAACAAGCGCUACACCCUCACCCCGGAGCAGCUCAAGUGGGACAAGUUCAGGCUAACAUACAAGUUGCUCUCCUUCCCUACAAACCUGAUAAAUGCCAGUGACACGCGUCGAGGCAUUGCCAGAGCUUUUGGCAUGUGGAGCGACGUCUCGCCGUUCAGCUUCAGAGAGGUGCCAGCUGACCAAGAGGCAGACAUUAAAAUCGGCUUCUACCCCGUCAACCACACAGACUGUCUGCAGUCCUACUUGCACCAUUGUUUCGACGGCAUCACCGGAGAAUUGGCUCACGCAUUCUUCCCGCCAACUGGCGAGAUCCACUUCGACGACCACGAAUACUGGAUUCUGGGAAACAUGCGCUUUAGCUGGAAGAAAGGGGUUUGGCUGACUGAUCUUGUCCAUGUGGCAACUCAUGAAAUUGGCCACGUCCUGGGACUCAUGCACUCUUUGGACCCGAAAGCUAUAAUGCACCUGAAUGCGACUCUGACAGGGCGCAAGCUAAUCACACAGGAUGAGGUGUGGGGUUUGCACCGUCUCUACGGAUGUUUGGACCGGUUCUUUAUCUGUCCGGCCUGGGCUCGGAAAGGCUAUUGCGACAGCAAGCGCAAGCUGAUGCAGAAGCACUGCCCCUCCAGCUGUGAUUUCUGUUACGAAUUCCCUUUCCCCACUGUGGCUCCCACCCCGACACCCCCGAGGACCAAACACAAGCUGGUCGUCGAGGGCAAGAAGCUCACUUUUCGCUGCGGGAAGAAAAUAGCAUCGAAGAAAGGCAAAGUAUACUGGUACAAGGAUGGGGAGCUGCUGGAGUUCUCGCACCCGAACUACGUCUCCUUGAAAGAUGACCACAUUACUAUAGUGGCCAACGCCAUCAACGAAGGCACAUACACCUGCAUUGUGAAGAAAAAGGACAAAGUUCUCACAAACUACUCGUGGAGAGUACGCGUGCGCUUCUGAAGGCCACGCCAGCGCCAGCUCCUCCACACACUGAACAGGACGCAUCCAUCACACGGUCACAAGGAGACCUCAUUCACUAGGGCACAUAUUUCCGAUUUUUAAAUACUGUCUUUCCUGUAUCUCCCACAUACAACUGUCUAUCGUUGUCAUUGUGUUAAGGCGUUUCAUCAAUAUGUGCAAAUAAUAAAUGUUCCGUGACAAGUUGAAUUUUAGUGAAAAUACUACCUGACUGUGAAAAGCUGUUCAUGACAGAUGUUGCGGUUUGCAUUUUAUUUGGUGAUGAAAGAUCCUUGCAGCCCUCGUCAGCUGUUUGGGACAAUAACGUCUGCUCUGGAUUCAUCAGGCCUGGAUUUCUUCAAAGCUUUUGCUGCUAAUGCAGUGAUGAGGUCCAAGGCCACCCAGAGGUUCUUGGGGCGUCUCCAGCAAAACAGGACCUAAUUAGAUCUCACUGUGGCUUAAUUGAAAAUAUAUUAGGCGAGUUGGAGAAGGUAUAGGAGUAACUUCUCAUAUACACUGAACACAAAAUCUCCCACUAUAGGUCCCUGGGGAAUCCACAAAAUAUUUAUGUCCAUAAUGCAUUCCGUUCUACGGGCUUGAAAAAGUUACAGAAGCCCUUGCUUAGAUGCAUGCCAUUUGAAUAAUUUACGCACUGACCAAAGUAAGCUACGAAAGCCAGAAUAAGCAAUGUUGUCUACAGCCUUUGGAACUAUUUGGACGUUAAACCGCAUAUGGAACACCUCAGACGUCUAGCUUACUUUACUAGCCUCACAGUGAAGCCAGCAGUCUGCCUCCAGAGACUGAGCAGUCAGUUCCACUAGCAGCUCUCCUUCCAAGCUUAUUCAACACAUCAGGUGUAAUAAUCUGCAGAAGGGCUCCAGUGGGGGCAGGGGAUAGAUAAAACUGAUUAAUGAACAUUUCCAUUUGGUGCUGGCUCUAGAAGUGCCAAGACGGAGGGAUUUUUCUGCGCCUGUUCCAGUGAAAGCAGCAAGUGGUCUUUGCAGGGAAUGAAACUGUACUGUUUAUUAUUCUUCGGCUCAAAAUCAAAGAAUUUAUUGGUUUAAUUCUGAAGUCGCAGAGCCAUUUAAAAACAAAAGCAGAGAGAAGUCUGGGCCUCUUUUCUCCUGAAAGAACAAAGUACUGAGACAAAGUGUGCAGUGCAAAGAAUGACAUCACUUUUGGACAGCGACUACCAAGC